AUGUCCGGUUUAAGCAGCAAAGCUCUCCACGAGCAGCUCUCCGUCAUCAUGGCCGCGCUGACCAAAGCGGCGGUGGCGGAGAUCUGCGAGGUGGUGGAUGAAGGCUAUGCGGUGCUGCAACUGGAGAUCACCCGGAGCCACAAGGAGAACGAGGACCUGAAGAAGAAGCUACACCUCAUUGAGUCAAUCGUGGUCCGGGGGAGCAGCGGGGGAGGAGGAGGAGGAGGAAGGGAGGCUGCGGAUGCGGAGGGACCGGAGGUCUCACCGCCGGCGGAGGCUACGCAGCAGUCGGGAACAACGCAGCAACAGCGGGAAGGUGACGGACGAGGAGCCGCGGCUGGAGCGGUGCGGGAGGAGCUUCCAGAAGUGGUGCUGAUUAAAGAUGAGGACUCGGACAGUAACGACGUCUUUGAGGAAGGUACUAAGUUAACAGCUGAUGGGGUGGCGCCUGCAGCCAGAGAGGGCAUCACGUCGACUCCCAUCAGCCGGCGCACAAAGCGGCGCUGGCGUGAAAGCUUGGAGUCCGAGAAUAGGUCAUCGUCUGAGCAGCUGGCACAGAAAACAUCCGACCUGACAGCAGGGACGCAGAAGACCGUCUACACUCUGGACUCUCCCGAUCGUGAGCCGGGGGGUUCCGAGCAGCUUGACGACGAGGUCGAGAUGGAACCUGGCGAAUCUGCCGGGUCGUACUCGUCACAGAUGGACCCCGACAUUCAUCUGGUUCAGGAGUGCUCGCUGGUUCCUUCGAACGCCAACAGGCCGGUUUAUUUUAGCAGCGGCACUCUGAUAGAGUCUCCGUCAAACCAAGCAGACCUCGAUCUGACCGUCGACCCAGGGUGGCCCAAACAGUCAAAGGGUCAAAUUACUUUUACUGCGUUUCACCAAGACGGAAACACGGAUGGCGACGCCUUUGGACUGAAGGUGCUCAGCGUCUCCGGCUCGACCCCCACAGACUGCCAGCUGUCCGAAGCCAGCAGCUCUGCCUUCGAGUACGAAGACGGCGGCGAUGUCAUGAACUUUGCCCUAUACAGGGACCAGGCAGGGCGGCCGCAGCUCUGCAACGGGCAGCCGAGCGCGGGAGGCAGAGGGAAGCGUUUCGCGUGCUCCCUCUGCAACAAGACGUACGCCACGUCGCAGAACCUGGAGGUCCACAUGCGCAUCCACACGGGCGAGAGGCCGUUCAGCUGUGAGCAGUGCGGCAAGAAGUUCACCCAGUCGGCUCACCUGAAGUCGCACCUGAGCGUUCACACAGGCGAGCGGCCGUACGCGUGCAGGCUCUGCUCCCGGAGCUUCAUCGUCAAAUAUAGCCUCAAGUUGCACAUGAAGAAGUGUCACCCAAACGUCCCGAGCGACCCCUAAAUGCUGGUUUUUACGAACAUUUAAAAAACAUUUAUUUUGUGCUCGAGCUGCAUCCAUCAGCUAAUAUGACUAUUUUUAUAACUUAAAUUAUUACUUAAAUGUAUCAUCUUUUAUUCUUUCACUCUAACAUCUCAAAACAUAAGAGAUCAAAUCUGUCCAUAGUUUAUCUAACGUGCUUCACGUGUCUGUGUCACUCUGUGAUUGGCCCACAUGUAGUUCAGCCACUGAAUCUGAUGCAUCUUGUCUCUAAAAACUGCCUGUAAAAACCAGUUAAGAUAUUUUUUUUAUAUCAGCCCUGUUGUCUUUAUUUCGGGUGACGUCUCUUGUGCAUAAGAAAAAGCCUGGCAGUCGCUACAGACAUGAAUUGGCCGUGAUGGUACUGGGACUGUAUAUAAAAGAUGGACAUGGACACUGUGCCAUCACUACAGGCUCCGCUUUUUGAAACUAGAAGUGACCAUAUUUAGAUUAUAGGGUAGCGUGCAAAGUUAUCAGCUAAUGCAGAAGUGCCUUAACCUGCAUUUUUAAGAUGCCACCAGGGGGCGGUAGCUGCCUGGUCCUGUAGACGUCUGUGUGGAAACUGCCCUGUGACCUGACCUCUGUAAAGACAUCCCUAAUGACUUAUAGGCCCAGUCGCUCAUUUUCAAUAAACCCUAGUUAGUUUUCUAAAUUUGGAUCAUUCUAAAAAUUAUCCAGGACAUGAGUCUGCUAGACGACUCUAUGAACAGGUGAAGUCACAUCAGCUACAUCCAUCUUGUAACACUGUCCUCGUCCUUAACUUAAAGCCUUAACAGAUUUGAAAUAUUUCACCCCCCCAUGCUGCUCUUAGUCUUCAAACUGUCAAAAGAGACUAGAACCAUAUUUGUAGCAGUUACCAUAGCAGCCUGUAAACAUCAAAACAUGUUUACAGCUGCUACGGUAACUGCAGCCUGACUCACUGUUGAAGUAGCCUCCGGUGGACAUCAGAGGAACUGCAAUUUUUCCUUGUACGCUGAAAUUUACUCCAAAAUACUUUUUUUUCUUUUGUUAACCCUAAAAGCUGCUUAAAUUGUUACCACAUCACUAUGUUCAGCUCCUUUUACCUUAAAUACUGACAAUUUGAGUUAUUUUAACAGACAUGAACAGGACAUGUGAGCGACACAGAAACCUUUCUAACAAGAAUCAUAAGGCACGUUACAUGUGCUCAUCCAUAAGCCAGGUUUGUAUUGAUUAAUGUGUUUACAUGAAUCAAUAGUAUUACCAAGCAAAUCUGUUGACAUGUAGCUACAUCUGCACGUGCAGCAACACCCAAACAGAUAAAAAAACGUCUCAUUCUGAAUAAUUUAAACACUUAUGAUGUUUAGGGUUUCUAAGUUCAUAAUUUUCUGUUUUCUUGUUAACAUUUCUGCGUUUGUUGGACAAAAGAAAAAGGUUCCAGGAAGCUGUUACACACAUUUUUAGGCUUUUUAGCCAAAAUUAAGAGCAUCAUGUUCAUCAGUUAAAAGCUGUGCUGUUACAAAGUCUACUGCACAUAUUGGAAGUUGUUUCACAGAAAGUAUUGUUGAUACGGUUUAUGUUGAAUGACAGUUUGUCUAAUGUUUGGGUAAUAAAGUGAUUAAAAAGU